AUGGCUAUCGAUAGUUUUCAGUGGAAAAAACAUCUUCACGAGUACUUUCAUGACAAGAAGGAUAUUCUGAACACAGUUGACUUCGACGCAUGGUUCUAUGCAGUUGGCAUGCCACCGGAGAAACCGAGCUAUGGACAAGCCAUGGUGGUCGCUUGUGAAGCAUUAUUUAAACAAUGGAUUGAGGCCAAUGAAGCCGAUGUGGACAAAAUUGACAGUGCCACCUUCAAAGCUAUGCAACCCCUGCAGCAAAUAGAAUUCCUCAGUCGAUUGUUUCAGCAUGAUCAUCCGUUAGAGCAUUGGAGACUGGCCGCAUUAAAUAGAGCGUAUGGCCUCAACGAUUCGGAGAACAGUGAAAUUGUCCUGAAGUGA